AUACAGAGUGUUGUCUUCAAACCAGUGUGUUCAAGUGCAUCCAUCGUCAGCACUUAAGUAUCUUGGGGCAACGCCUCAGUUCAUCGUCUUUGACCAACUGCUCAAAACGUCUCGUGACUUUGUCGUCAACGUUACCACUGUGGAAGAGACGUGGCUGCGGGAAAUGAUUUCUACAGGAGCUCUCAAGUAUGACUUGGAAAACCUACUUUCAACUGUACUGACCGAAAUGGUAGUGCCAUGCAGUACAGAGCUCAUGAAGUUAACGUUUGAAGGAUGCAGAGGAGGAAAUCUUAAUCAAAUCGAGAGGAAAAUCGCGAAGUCAUGCGAUGACAGCUUAGUUGUGUUAGAGGAGGACAGAGUUCGUGGGCAAAUAAAAGUAUUCGUUCCUCCAAAGUACACGGCGAAAGCUCUGUCAAUGAUGGAGAGUAUCUUGGAGGAAAGCAGAAAGAUACUGAGGAGUGAGGAAAGAGAGGAGCCUCUGAAAGAAGAAUCUUUGGGAAACAGAAUUGUUUGGGGACAAGGCGGUGAAAUAUACGAAGUACUGAUGCCGGACAUGUACAGAACUGUCACGGUUGAUGAGAUAGAAGAUGGCAACGCAGUGGCUGUAUUAGAUCACCUUAAAACCUUUGGAGACGUAGUGAGGCACAGUUUUAAGGAGCAGAAUGGUAAAAUGGGCAUUUUUGUAACUUUCAAACGUUCUAAGGAUGCGAUUAACGCAGUGAAAAGCUCUUCCAACUCCUCUCUGGAAACUGACGUAAAAGUAAAGCCAGGAUUUAUGAUGUCCAGUAGCAUCCAAAGAAGUGUUUCUCCGUUUGAAGCGAAAGCCAAGUGGAUCCGACGUCGCGGUAAAGGUACAGCAUCUGUGGAAUUUCACAACUGUCAAGAUUUUUAUCGCACGCUUGGUAGAAUAUCAUCACUUAUGAUUAAGUCAGAGGUUAUUAUUUUCCAAACGGAUAAGGUUCGCGAACAUCAGAUAUUCCUGAAAGGACUCCACCCCGACACGUCAGAGGAGGACGUAAGGUCUGCUAUCGAAGAGAGACUCCCUGUGGUUAAAGUGAAGAAAGUUUAUAUUUCCCGAACUUCAGAAUUUGAAACACCUGCCAGAACUAUCUAUGCACAGAGGGCUUCCUUGCAGGAACGUCUCAGCGUCUUGGCGACAGAAGGCCAGUUUUCAAUAGACUUGAAAAAGCCUUCUCCCAAAGAUUUUGAGGGAUAUGCUUACCUAUCAUUUCAAGAUCCUGAAGAGGGUCAAGCAGCCAUAAGAGCUCUUAAUGGAACGCAUGUUCCUGGUAUCGGAGUUGUAACCCUGCAUCCCAACCAUGCAACAGUCUUGCUAUGUGACAGAAACGUUUACGCAGCCAUCAGAGGUGAAUUCGAAGAAACAAUCGACACUUUAGACGUAACAUUUAACACAAGACUGAAUGUGAAAGUCAAAGAUCAGCCAAAGCAUAAGCGUGUUGUCAUACAAAUACAAAGUAACUGUACGGAACACUUCAUAUGUACUAGCACUGCUUUAACCAAAAUUGUCAAUGGUGAUGAAAUUGACUGCAAAAUUUCUAAAAACCUGGAGAUUCUAUUAACUAACUCAGCGAAAGACGUACUUCAAACAAUUGAGAGGGACAGUAGAACCGUGAUCAAUCAAGAUUGGAAGAACGAGGUUGUCAGAAUUUAUGGACCCAAAAUAAACCGAGAAUCAGCAAAACAAGCUAUAAACAAGUUUCUUGAUGAUUCCAUCGCUGGCAAUAGCCACUCUUGGCAGAUUUAUCUUCGAGGGCCCAACAAGCCCCGCGGACUGCUGAAAGCUCUGUUUAUAAGGUUUGGUGCUAAUCUGCAAGGAUUACGAGACAUAAAUGGUGUCCAGAAGAUCCAUGUUGAAUUUAGAAACCACGUACUCAUCAUAGAGAGUUCAGACGAGGCUGAAAAACUAAUCAACAGUUACGUGGAGGAAUGCUGCAAAAAUCCUCCCCAAGAAUUGUUUCCUGUACAACAAGACCACGAAACCCAAUUAAUUUGUGGUGUAUGUCUAUGCAAUUUGGAUACAAAAGCAGGUGUGUACCGACUUGCUUGCUGUGGUCACGCCUACGAUAAGAGCUGUGUCAUUCAACAACUCAAGUCACCAGAAUUUCCACUGAAGUGUGUCAUGGAACAAUGUGGAGAGCCUCUUGUUUGGAAGGAUUUGCGAAACUUGUUGAAUGACCGUGAAAGAAAGAGGCUCGCUUUAACCGCAUUGGGUGAGUACGUCAAAAAAAAUCCUGAAAUUGUGAAAUACUGUCCAACAGCGGGCUGUGACAUGGUAUACUGUGUCUCAACUGAUGAGAGACCCUUCACCUGUGAUGCAUGUCUAGCUCAAACCUGCACAUCUUGUCAUGUGCAAUGGCACAGCGGGCUCACGUGCGCUGAGUUCAAAUCGGAAGUGCAAGCAGGAGGGACGUCUCCUGGAGUGGAUGAUGAAGGACCCAAGAAAUAGUAAGAAAUGUCCUAAAUGCAAGACAUGGAUUGAGAAGAAUCAGGGAUGUAAUCACAUAGAGUACAUGUGUUGACUGUGCCUGCAGGUGUUUCCAACCAGGAACGAUGUGUACGAUUAUUGACACUUUCCAAAUAAUACUGCAGCAUGAAUACAAUACUGUUUAUGCAGACAUACCCUUGACAAUUAAAGUCAUUGGUUGAUAUUUCAUUUUUAGUGGUUUUGAACUUUUCACGUUGAGGACAUUGCUUCAGAAGUUGUUCAGUGAUAAACUAGACUUAGUAGAUGGCUUGAAAAUUGCCUAUGAAUGAUGAAAAUGGACAAGUCAUUAAACAAUAUUUUUGUUAGAACAUGUAGUCAGUUUAGAAAGGGGAGAGCACUCAAAUCUCUCCUCGAGUGUACAUAAUUUCACUCUUAUUCUUUUAUGUCUGUAAGAUUAUUUCUUGGUUGUAAGGUUCAGAUGAAGGGCACUAUGGUAGUGGGUAGUAUGAUAAUUGAAGGACAGAAGUUUGAACCAGAAGCCCUGUCUGUGUAGUCCUUUAAUUAUAAAGAUGACACUUAAUUAUUUCUGAGUUCUAAGCCAUUUUAUUUGGAUGCAUUAUGCAGCUAAACUGGUACCUUGAGUAUAUAAUAACUCUUCAGUUUAUUAUAAAACUCUUGAUUGGUCACUAAUGAGUCCAUACAUGUAAAUAAGUAACAGAGUGCAGUACAGGAAUUCUGCAUUGCACUUUGUUGAAGUAAAAGCUUUUAAAAGUCAACAAAAAUUACUGAUUUCUAAAAUAGUUACAAAAGCAUACAGCUAGUGUUUUCCUCCACAGUUAUUGUUGUAAUGGGCCAAUUAGAGAAAAGCGUGAUCAUUUUCCCAGUUUUUCUUGGUAAGUGGUGUGCAGUGCAUAGUUUAAUUCUAUGUUAUAUGUAUCACUUUGUUUGAGUUGCCAGAGCUUUGAAUUAAUGGUAGUUUAGCACUGUAAAUUGUUUGUUUGCCAACAUUUUCAUUAUAGACAAAAAAAAAGUCAUAAAAGACAUAAGGUAAUAAAAGGUUUUAGAAAUUGAUAAAGUUUGCACUAUUUGAACCUUAAAAAAAAAUUAAUUGAUUUCCAGCAGAAUUUUCCCAAAUUGUUCUUGGUCUGUUUUAGGUUCCCUAAACAACAGCAUGCAACCCACAUUUCUAGGUUUCCAACAUUUUCUAUAUAAAUUAAUAGGUAACAUAUUUUUUUUAAUUUCCUGCACUUAGUUUCACUGACUAUUUAUGUUGGCCCUGAAUUUAUUUCUACCUUACCAAUUUCCACCUAAAAAAAA